GUUAUUCAUACAUCAAAAAAAGUUGAAGGUCAAAUUUAUAUUCCAGAGGUCAAUUACGUCUUAAUGGUCUUAGUCGUAUGUGUUUGUAUCGGCUUCAAACAUUCUCAAAACAUGUUGGUUGCUUAUGGCGUAGCUGUUUCAUCUGUGAUGCUUAUUACAACAAUUCUCAUAACAAUCGUAAUUCGUGUUGUUUGGCGUCGUCCUAUUAUUAUUUCAGUUAUAUUCUUUUGCAUUUUUUUCACUAUUGAUGCUUUGUUUUUGGGUGCAACUUUCAGAAAGGUCGCAUCUGGUGGUUGGGUUACCCUGAGUUUUGCAGCAUUUCUUACCAUUAUAAUGUGCGUAUGGAAAUGGGGUACUUCUCAUGUGAUACACCACGAACGUUCACGAACACCUGAUAUCAGUAAAGUUUUUAAAGAAAAAAAAGAUGUUUCUGCUGAUAAUAAUAUUAUGAUAACUACAUUUCCUGAGAUUGAAUCAGAAAACAAUAAGACUAUUUUGGGAAAUGGUAAUGAGAAUGUUUCCACUGAAACUGAAACCAAAUUGACACGCUCACCGGGUAUUAGCCUAUUCUAUAGUGAUAUUGACAUUAUUAUUCCACUUUCUUUCAUACGGUUUGUUAAACACUUUUCAAUAAUACCUCAAAAUGUUAUUUUUAUCACUAUUCGAAUUGUGGCUGAUUCAGAAGUCGAUGAUAAUGAUCGCUUAAAAGUGGGAAAAGUCGAAAAUUACGAAGGUUGUUAUCGAGUAACUGUCAAAUAUGGUUAUUCAGAGCAAAUCUCUCAAGGAAGAGAAUUUCUUUUACAAUUAGUAGAAUCAAUUCGAAAAAUUGAUCCUACUAACAAAAAUUUAAUCAAAGAUUUUAAUCCUGAUAGCGAUCUAGUUACAUACAUUGUAGGACAACAAUCUCUUUAUUCUAAACCUGAUUCUUCAUGGUGGACAAAAAUUUUAGUUAAUGUAUAUAUGUUUAUAUAUUUUAAUUCAAGAAAAUUCUAUAGUAAUUGGGAUAUUCCUGUUGAGAGUACUGUUGUUGUUGGUGUAAAUAUUCCGAUUUAA